AUGAUUUUCUCGGACAUUGCGCAUCUCCAGCAGGACAUGUCCGUGCAGGCGCUGCAGAAGGAUGUUGCUGAGACGGCCAUUCCUGGCACCCCCGACUCGCGCUACGAGAUCUGUGAGACGCUGGGCAAGGGCACGUAUGGUGAAGUGGUCAAGGCCAAGGACAAGCAAACCAGGCAAACCCGGGCCAUCAAGAUCAUCAACAAGGAGAAGGUGCACGGAGACAUGGCGUUCCUGAAGCAGGAGAUUCAAAACCUGAUCCAGCUAGAUCAUCCCCACGUCCUCAAGCUCUUGGAGUUUUACAACAGCCCAGACCGGAUUUUCCUGGUGACGGAUCACUGCUCGCGUGGAGAGCUGCACAAGCACAUCUGCGAUGCCAAAAACUCCUGGAAGCCCAUCCCCCAGGUGUGGAUCGCCCACGUCAUGCAGCAGCUCCUUGGCGCUGUGACCCACAUCCACGCGAAUGGCAUCAUCCACCUGGACAUCAAAUCGCAGAACAUCAUGCUUAUGCCGGCUUUGGAGACGAAGGUGCGGUUUGUGCAAGCGGAGCCCAACGAGGCCGUUUGCUCCAUUGACAUCUUCAAGGAGCUUCCUCACAUCAUCGUCAUCGAUCUGGGCGUGGCCACGAUCUUUCAGCCGGGAAAUUUCAAGCGUGGAAACCCGAUGGGCACGCCCUCUACAAUGGCGCCUGAAGUUUGGCGAGGAGAGAUCACACCGAAGGCCGAUGUCUUCAGCUGUGGCUGUGUGCUCUUCGAGCUCCUGAGCUUCCAGACUCCUUGGGACUUCAAGUACCGUGGGAACAAGCAGGAGGCACGCAACUUCUGGGAGGCCAAGCCACGACCCCACUGGGAACGAGUGCAGCGCGCACCUGCCGACGCACAAAGCCUGAUGGCUAAGAUGCUGGAACAGGAUCGCCCGAGGCGCAUGAACGCCGCCGACGGCCUCAAGGACGCAUUUGUCAGCCGCGCCUCGGAGGGCCUCCCGGUGACGCAGAUGGAGAAGGGCCUGAAGUUGAUCAACCGCUUGGUCACCACCUGUGAGAGAGACGCCUUCUACAAGCUGAUCUGCUUGAAGAUCGCGCAGGACUGGCCUCCGAACGAGAUGCCGUCCUUCAAGAGCGUCUUCAAAGAGUUCGAUGACGAAGGCACGGGCGUACUCCAGGAAUCCGUCUUGGUCCGCAAGUUCGUGAACUGCGGCUACGAAGAGCAGCAAGCCAAACGUGCCGCCAGCGCCAUGAACCUGAGCCAGAACAAGAAUGCGGUGGACUGGACCGAGUUCGUGGCUGCAUGCAUCGACCUGGGAAAUCCCAAGCUGGAGCCUUCCAUCCACCUGAUCUUCCACAAUGCGGACAAGGACAGUGAUGGGCUUCUUUCCAUGGAGGACGUCCGGUCACUUCUCCCCGAGGUGGAGCCUGCGCUGCCUUCCUUGUGUCCAUUAGCGUAUGCUGCAAUUAGCGUGUGCUGA